ACACAGCAUAACCUUCCUUUUAGCACCAAUUUCAGUGCUGUGUACACGUGUUUUAAAAAAUGGCACCCGUAGAAAAAGUUAAAAAAUCAGCCAAAUCUGGCAAAAAAGUCAACAAACACCCCCUAAAUUCAUACCUGGGUGGUGGAAUUAUGCGUUAUUCAAAAAGCCAGAUGUACAAGCGCCGUGCACAAUGGCGUCUCAAGUCAACAAAGCGCCCAGUCGUCAAGAAAGAGAAGAUCCCAAUCAAGAAGGUCAAGAAGAUCGGAGGUCCCAAGAACGGAGGUGAACGUGUUGUUUACAUGAAGAAACCAAAGGCCAACUACCCAACCAAAUCGGUAGUAAAGAAGCGCCCAGCUCGUGGUGUCUUCAGUAAACAUGUCCGCAACACCCGCAAGAACAUGAAACCCGGGCGCGUGUUGAUCCUUUUGGCUGGUCGCCACCAAGGUAAACGUGUUGUCCUUCUCAAGGUCUUGUCCUCUGGACUCCUCUUAAUUACCGGACCAUUCGGUAUCAACUCAUGCCCAUUGCGCCGAGUUUCACAGCGUUACGUUAUUGGAUGCUCAACUCGCAUUGAUUUGGGCAAAAUCAAUGUCCCAGAACACAUCAAUGAUACAUAUUUCAGACGUAUCAAGGCCAAGAAGGAGAAGCGAUCUGGUGAGGGAGAUAUCUUUGCUCCCAAGAAGGAGAAGUACGUUCCAACUGAACAGCGCAAGAAGGACCAGAAGGAAGUUGAUGGUUUGGUAUUGAAGGCAAUCAAGGCUAACCCAGAUGGCAAAUUCAUUAAGAAGUAUUUGCAAAGCAUGUUCAGCCUGCGUUCCACACAAUACCCACAUCGUAUGAAGUUCUAAGCGCUUAAGAAUCGGACACUUGUAACGAUUUUUUUUUACUUAUAAUAAACUACACUAUUAAAAUGGAA